AUGGGCUGCAAGCAAUCCAAAACCGAGGACGUCAUUUCCACGACUUUGCCAAAGACUGAGACGAUAGCUGCUUUAAUUGAGACAGAGCCUGUAGCAGCUUCGAUCGAGACAGAGCCUGUAACUGCUCCGAUUGAGACAGAGCCUGUAACUGCUGAGGAGGUAAAUGUUACAGAGCCUGUAGUUAUCAAGGAGCCUGUACCUGUUGUUGAGGAGUCAGUAGAGCCGAAGGCUGAGGUGACCACGUCCGAGGAACCUGUAAGAAAGCAGUUAGCGUACAAGAUUACGGGUCACGAGAUCAACGAGGUCGGUGUCGUCUUUUACACUGUUGAGGCUGUUAAAGGUGACAUCAGCUUUAAAAAGCGCUUCAAUGAGUUUAAGGCUCUGGUAACGGAGCUUGGAAAUCCAAAGCACUUACCAUCGCUGCCGGAUUCUGGACUUGGGGUUAAACUGCGCGGUAAACACAAUGCGGUCGUGAUCAAGACGCGUGAGACGCAGCUUGCUGUUGUACUUAACGCUAUUGCCAAUGACAUGGAGCUGAUUGAGAAACCAGCGUUCAAGGAGUUUGCUCAGUAA